AUGACUCACUACUCCCAACGCAAAGACAUACUUCCCCUUACUGGUGGUUGCGCCUGCGGUCUUAUCCGUUACCGACUCUCCAUCCAUCCUCUCCUCGUCCACUGCUGCCACUGCACCGCUUGCCAGCGUCAAACUGGCUCUGUCCUCGCCCUCAACGCCAUCAUCGAGUCCACGGCUCUCAGCCUCAUCCCCUCUGCGCCGCCCACAGUAGCUGGCACAUCGACCAAUCCGGAUCCCGUCCCCACGAGCGUUCAACCUGCUUUUGCACGCAUCACUUCGGCCGAGUCUGCUAUCGGUGAACCCCAGCCUCAGGCGAGGACUUCAUCUGUGUGUCUCCCAACGGAAUCUAGUAUUGGACAGACAGUGGUCAGUUGCCCGGCCUGUCACACUGGCUUAUGGAAUUACUAUGCGGAUGCGGGACCUCAUUUGUCGUACAUACGUGUUGGAACCUUGGAUAGACCCUGGGAGAUCGAAGCUGAUGUGCAUCUUUUCACACGCAAUCGCCCAACUUGGAUGAAUGCCAACGAUGGCAAGCCUUCCUUUGAAGAGUACUAUGGAAAGCGGGAAGAUCUAUUGAGAGACGACGCUCUCAAGAGGUAUGAGAUGCUCAAGCCGAAGAUUAACGAUAUGUGGACUGAGUUGAAGGCUGGCUGGCAGUAA